AUGAACGGAUUUAAACCCAAACCCCUCCCAAACUGUUUAUCACCAAUGUACCAAUGCGACGGCAGCAGUAUAAAAACAGAAGUUGUACAGAAUGCACCUGAAGUGGCCUCUAUUAAUGUUUCUACCAGCAUAACUCAGCCUGUAGAUAGAAUUUCCUCAACAACACCAGGGGGAUGUUUCAAACCUGAUGACACAGAAACUGAAACUGAUGAAAAACCAGUGCUUUUUUACUUGUUCCUGCUACUGCUGCUGGUUCCAGUUGCCAUAGCAACAUACAUGUGUAUAAAGAAGAGAAAGAAACAUCGUGAAAAGGACAGAGAUGCAGAGUUAGCUUUUCAAAGGUUCCAGCGGAAACAUUUUCAACAUGGAACUAGAAAAGGAAGGAGAAUCCAAAUAGAGGUGUCGCCACCAUCAGAUGAUGAUAAUGAUCACCAAAGACGACCCUUUGGUAGAAGACGUGUUCACACAACUCCAUCUGGUGACUACGAUUUAAUUACAAACAGGGACCAGGACUUCCAUGUAUACAGAGUUAUGAAGAAUGCAAAGAAUUACCAUCGCUGCAGUGAAGUGUCUGCAGGUUCUGUGUUCCUAAAUGAUACAAGCCUAGGUACCCCAACUUGUAUGUGUCAGCAGUCCAAACGCCGAUCAAGCCAUCCCAGUAGUGUCGGUGGCAGUCACCUGCUGAUGGUCCCUUCCUGUGGGCCCGGAGGGUCAAGUCGGUGUGCCUCUUACCUCACUCUUCACAGUGCCCAGGAGCCAGAUCCUCCUAUUAUGGAUAUACCACAUAGCCAAAAUCGACGCCAGACACAUUCAUCAUGUGGUGAUCGAGAUUAUCACCACAGUGGACGCACCUCCAGAGUCCCACAUUUGUACUUGCACAACUCACAGAAGCCAAGCCACUAUGGAUCCUUGCCUCACCCCCAGUUGCUGAAGGAUGGACUAAGUCCUGCUCCACUGUAUAAUGACUAUGGAAGAUACAGUGGAAGUCCCACUAAAUCAAGAGGGAGACCGGAGAAAAUUGCAAAGAGUCUGCCAUUUUUAUAUGACUUUGCUCUCAAUGGAAAAUGCUAUGCUCAAAAAGAUCCAACAUAUCGUAAAGAUUCCUGGCAGACAGCCAAGGGAACUGGACAUUCUCAACAGUAUGGAAAUGAGUUUUCCAAUGGAAGUUGGUUCCCAAGUGAAUCAGACAUAGCAGAGUACUGCACUGCACAUGAAGAUACACUGAUGAACUGUACGGACAAUACGGUUUUUGAACAAGGUCCUAACACUUCAGAGGGAAAGCCACCAAACUUUAGGAUGUACAGUAGCAGUCAAACACCAGCCAAUCCCACAGGUAGACAUACUGUGACCCCACAAACUGUUAAGGUUCAGAAUUUCUCUGUAAGUCGUGUGUACACGGAAGAUGAUACUGGCAGUAAAAAGGCCCUAUUUACCUCCAUGUAUAAUAAAAAACAAUCUCUCUUGAGUAUUGAAUGCGAUUCAGAAUCGGCACUGAAUGUUGUGUCUCAGGAUGGUGAUAGCCAUGAUAGCUCCUCACACAGACAGAUGGAUUCAAUCAGUGCGUCACAGUCUCUCUUGGUAGAUAAUGGAGGGAAGCAACCAUGUCUCGUUGCUGAUUAUGAAAAUACUACUUUUGAGACAUCCAUGGUAGAAGUGGUGCCUCGACUCAGUCUUCCUCCCCAGGAAAAUAUUGGUGACUUCCAUGUCACUGAAAAUAAAAUGGCUGAUGCACUCAUAGACCCAAACAACAACCUUCAGGCAAAACCAUGUUUAUUUCUGCAGAAAGAGCAGAACUCUGUAUGUAGUGAUAAUUUUGUCCUUGAGGAGGGGGAGAGUAUGGUUUGA